UCCAGACAAUUCCACACCAUCCAUGGACAGCUUUUCUUUCCUUACAGCGUGCUGGAAAUGGGCAGAGCCAUCAGACAGGGAUUUCUUGUUCACAUGGUAGCUAGGGGCUUGCAGGUGCUACUUGAGGAAUACUUUGGCCUAGCUUUAUGUGUUCUGGGAAAGAGGAGUAUCAGCACCAGGCUGCCUUUGUCAUUCCAGCAGGAGCUGUUGGUUACCCUCUUCCUCCUGGCUGAUUUGGAGCAUUGGAGGCUGGUGAUCCCUGGGACAGUCAGAGAGGCAAAAUGUUGUGUCUUGCAUGGUGCAGGUAUUAAACUGACCACAGAAACAAAAGACAGCCAAGAUGAUGGAUCACAUUGAAAGGAUUUUUGAAUAGAUGGGUCUGAGUACACCCUUUGUAAAAAACAGGUGAUGAACGUCCCUGAAGGUCUAGGUCUGAGAGCACCAACGCGUGUCAAGCCCUAAACUUUAAUUUGUUUUCCUGACACAUGGACAUCACCCAGAGCUUUCCCGUCGGCUGCUGUCUGUUUCAGGGGUUAAAUCUCUCCUCAACGUUUUUCCCCACUGCGGCGUAGACGCCUUUUUAAAGGAAUAUAACCUGUUUUGUAACAAGCCCAAAAUGUGGAGGGCGGUGGUUAACGCCCUGUCGAGGGCCAAAGUCCCCGGAGGCCAAGCAUUCCGCCUGCCGCCGGCGCAGGAGGGCCGGAGCCUGCUCCCUGGGAGCACCCACUGCUGCCAGGGUGCCGUGCCGGGGCUCCACACCGCCCGGCAGCUCAGCAUGAGCCCGGGGAUACAGAAGGUGGAAGCUUUGGGCGCGGGCCAUUUCGUCCGUGUGGAGUGGGAGGAUGGAAGCGAGAGCCGCUACCCCUGCGUCUGGCUGAGGGACAACUGCCAGUGUCCCCUCUGCUUCCUGCCCUCCGCCGGAGCGCGCAGGCUGCUCUUCGAGGACCUGGAUGUGAACAUCGUGGUGAAGGAGGUUGCUCUGGCAGAUAGAAAAAAGGUCUCCAUCACGUGGCCUGAUGAACACGCAAGCGAAUAUGAAGCUGAGUGGUUGAAAAAACGAUGCUUCUCUGAAGAAGCCAGAGCAGAAAUGCAAGCAGAUUUAUUCUUACCAGAACGCCAGUACUGGGGCUCAGACCUUCAACUUCCCAAAAUGCCUUUUGAAGAAAUCAUGUACAAUGAUGAAAGUGCAUACAAGUGGCUGUGCACCCUAAAGAAAGUAGGAAUCGUUCUACUGACGGGAGCUGCUCCAAGGCAGGGAGAAUUGAUUAAACUUGGCCACAGGAUUGGGUUCCUGCGCCUCACUUUUUAUGGGCCAACUUGGCAAGUGCAAGACAAAGCAGAUGCUAACAAUGUAGCUUAUACAACUGGGAAACUGUGUUUUCACACUGAUUACCCUGUUCUGCAUCAUCCACCUGGGGUCCAGUUUCUCCAUUGUAUAAAGCAAACAGCUACAGGAGGUGAAAGUGAGGUUGUAGAUGGAUUCCACGUAUCCAACAAGCUGAAGAAACAAAAUCCUGAGGCAUAUCAGAUCCUGUCCUCUACUGCUGUAGACUACACUGAUGUUGGGGUGGACUUCUGCGAUUUUGCUGUGCACUGUAAACAAAGGAUUAUAGACAUAGAUUCCAGAGGCCAAGCAGUUCGCAUCAAUUAUAAUAAUGCAACAAGAGACGCCGUGUUUGACAUACCAGCUGAAAAAGUGAGGCCAUUUUAUGCAGCUCUAAAGGAAUUUAAUGAUUUAUUAAACAGUGCAGAACACAAGUUUACUUACAAGAUGAAACCAGGAGACAUAGUGACGUUUGAUAACUGGCGCGUGCUUCACGGCCGCCAGAGCUACCCCUCGGGUUCAGGAGUGACACGUCACCUGGAAGGUGCCUAUGCAGACUGGGAUGUGGUCCUGUCACGGCUCCGGCUCCUCAGGAAGAGGGUCCUGAAUAGGGAUUGAGUUUUCUUUGGACUGGAAGGAGCGAAACGUAGAUUGUCUAACCUCGAUGACAACGACGACGGAAUCAAAAAAUUGAGUCUUCUUUUCAGAAACUAACAUCGCUUUUGACAAGGGCUUGUCACUGAACAAGGGGAAGGGCUUUAAACUGACAGAGGGGAUGUUUUGAUUAGAUAUUAGGAAGAAAUUCUUUACUGUGAGAGUGGUGAGGCCCUGGAACAGGUUGCCCAGAGAAACUGUGGAUGCCCCAUCCCUGGAAGUGUUGAAGGCCAAGUUGGGUGCAGCUUGGAGCAACCUGGUCUAGUGGAAGGUGUCCUUGCCCAUGGCAGGGGAGUUGGAACAAGAUGAUCUUUAAGGUCCCUUCCAAUCCAAACCAUUCUAUGAUUCUAUCAUAAAUAUAUUUUUGAGUUCUAUAAGCUAAGAAAUGUGUUCAUAACAAUUUAAGAUUUGCCUGUGCCCUGGUCUUUGAAUGUAUAAAUGUAUUGCUACCUCUGUCAGUUUAUUUGCUUUUUUAAAAUCAGUGUGCAAAGUGGCUUGAAAGGUUGUCACUUUACUGGGCUGACUGGGUAUCACAAUGCCUUCCUUUGCCUCUACAUAUGUACCUGCCCUCCCUAGAAAGCUUGGAAGGCAGCAUGAGAAAAGAACUUGAAGUAUUAUUUACUGAAGUUUUGUUAUAAGCAGCACCUUCCUCUAUUUUUAGAGAGGCAUUCUUUAUUGCAUAAAUCAUAACUAAAAUUCACUAUCAAAAUAACCAACUGGUGCUGUAGUUUUUAAAUACGCACCUUUCAGGGUAGGACUUCACUCUAAUACAUGAUCUCACUGAACAGAUGUCAUAGUCUCUGUAUCCUGCUGUACAUGUCAUGACUAUCACAGCCACAAAUAUUUUUUCUUACAUUUCCAAGUCCAUAAGCUCAGAAACCAUAGACUUACGAGAGAUUGCAUCAUAUUAAUGUUUCUCUGCAUUAGGAUGAUAAAUAAAUCUCAGUGUAGAGGUCACAGAUAGGGUCAGAAAUCCCAUCAGAUGCUGUGCACAGACCUAAGAUCUGCACAGCAGACUUCUGAGUAAUGUCAGGAGGAGGAACACAGAAGCUGCCUGGUGGCUAGAAACCACAAAGCACAAGAGGUUAUGGACUUUGCAUGUGACAGAGAGAGGCAAGUGAAGCCAAAUCCAUUUUUGUUACUCCAGAUAAAAGAGGACACCUCCAAAAGGUGUACAGGAUGUUUUCCUCUGCUCUGGAUUCUGAUUAGAGAUUAUGUUAUGUAAAACUUACUGCAGCCAAAGUAGUGUGGUUUUUCCCUAUGUUCAGAUGCCAAAUGGAAAGAGAAAGAAUUUCCAAAUACUUGUUUUUAUACUUAACAAUCCUGAGUUUAUUUUUCAAUGUCCUUACAGCUGCAGAGGUAACAGGACGCCUCUCGCCAUGCUGCGAGUUGGACAAAACAACCCCACCUCCACCCUCUGAUCUCUCUGUUCAACUCUGUAUUUUCAAAGUGUUCCCUCCAAGUCAAAUAAAUCCUAGUCUCUUCCUAGAGGAGUAACACAAUAGAACCAUAACUACAGAAUUAAAUAACUGUAGAAUUAAAAUAAGGCCAUAUUAGAUGGAGCUCUGAGGUACGUGGUCUAGUGGAAGAUGUCCUGAUAGCAGGAGAGUUGAAACCAGAUGAUCUUUAAGGUCCCUUCCAACCCAAACCAUUCUAUGAUUCUGUGACCUAACAUCAGCUUGCAAACACUUUCAUAGCUUCUACUCAUCUUUUAGAGUCAACAGAUACCAGCUGAAUAAUCAGAUAAAACUCAAUUAGGCAUUGCUCACAGUGUGGUUUGAAUUCCUCUUUAUUAAAUAAUGAAGUGUUUUUAUCAAAGUUACAACAUUACGUGAUAGUGAAACGAAACUUUUUUUAGGGGUAAUUCAAUUUCUUAGUGCCUCUUUUAAUAAUUAAUUUUGGAAACAUGAGGAAAGUAUUUUUUUAUCUUUGCUAUGAAAGAGGGAAAAGCUGAGGAAAGGUUAGUACCUAUAUUUCAGCAGUGCUGUGCUUUAACUGUGAUAUUUUCUAUAUAAAAAUGGAUUGAAGAUUGCAAUUUAUACCUGUAAAACAAGACAUCUUGUGAUUUAUACCAAUUGUUAAUAGGAAAGAGAUUUUCUGCCUUUGUUCUGUACUUUUCCAAACACUUUUAUUCAAAUUUCUGUUUAUUAAAAGCUGUUAUGGAACUGA